AUGAGCUUCGUACCCGUCAAUCCGCGGCCGAUGCUGCAGGAUCUUGUCGACAGAAACGUCUCUGUUCGCCUGAAAUGGGGCCAGACCGAAUAUCAGGGCGUGCUCAAAGCCAUCGACAGCUACAUGAACCUCCAGCUGGCAGGCACGCGCGAAUUCAUCGACAACAAAGAGACUGGCCAUCUGGGACAGGUGCUUAUUCGAUGCAACAACGUCCUGUGGAUUCGGGGCAUAGCAGGGGGUGAAAACGGCGAUACGGAAAUGAAUCAAUAG